AUGUCUCUCCGCAUCGCCCCUCCCGCCUCCCACCCAACCCAAACAACCAACACCUCAACCCAGCACCUCCCCAACACGCACACCUCAAAAGGCGCCCCCUCCGCCCCCGGUAUCCCCGACACCCUCCGCUCCAACAUCACCCUCCAAGCCCCCCGCGGCGCUCCCUCCACUCAGCCCGCAAACGCAGUCUCCACACACCCCCUCGAAGCCCGCCUGCUCGCGUGGCGCCAAACCCAAGAUGCCCUGAAGAUGGAGGGUCUCCGCCGCACGUACGGCAUUGCGGAGCCCGUGCGCCGCGGCAUGGAGCUGAAGAUAGUGCGUGAUGGAACGUUCAGGCCUGCUGUUCUGGGGGGGAAGAAGGGGGGCAAUGUCCAUGAGGAUAUUCUGGUCCUUGGAGGGCGGGACACGGAAGUUGGGUGGGAGGAUGUGUUUCAUGGAGACGACUUUCGGGAGCCGCCUUCUUUCCACGACGAGAUGGAGAAGCGGCUGCGGAUGGAUUAG